AUGUCACUGACACAAGCAUACCAGUCUGGUCAAGCCACUUCUUUGGCCGUAUACAAUCUACCCACCUCGGCAGACGAAACAGAAGUUCAGUCGGUAUUCCCUUCGGCCAGGUCAGUCAACUUCGUACGAAGUCAUUCUGUGUCUUCGCAAUCUAAAGGCAUGUGCAUCUUGCAAUUCAACAAUGCUCGCGACUGUCAACAAGCCUACGAUGAAUGUCUUCAAGGAAAAGAAAUUGGUGGACAGCUGCUGCAUGCGGAACUGAACGGAGAUUAUCAUUCCAGUUCGUCAGAAAAUUUAAAUGUCAGCCAGCAUUAUGGAGGCAAUUCCAGGGAUUUCAGACGUUCACAUGCCGAUAAUGAGUACAGCCAGCCCACGUAUGAUCCGCAUAGUAGAACUGAUAGUGAAAGUUCUUCCAACGCCUCUUGUACACUCACCGUGUCAAAUCUUCCCUAUACAGCAUCUGAAAGAGAUAUUAUGCGCGAGUUCCCAGAAGCCCUCCGAGUGGCACUUUCGUUAGACGAGCAGGGACGUUCCAGAGGCGUUGCUCACGUGACUUUCUCGAAUUCCGACCAGUGCAGCGCCGCUCUUACUUCCUGCGGAAAUAAGAUGAUGGGCGGUAGGCCUGUACGUGGACGAAUCCAGAGAGACCAGGAGCACAAUCAACAACCGAGUUAUAACAAUCAGCGCCCUUAUAAUCGUGACCAAAGAGAAUACGGUCAACGUAAUCAACGCGACUACAAUCAGCGUAA